AUGAGAAAUUUGAAAUAUCUUGUUGUUCCUUUCCUUUGUAAGUCUUCUUUGCUUUAAUUAUCUACUUACAAUCGAGAAGAAUCCUAUACAAAGGUCUAUAGUAAUUAGAAAUAAUACAAGAUUGAGUAUGAAUAUAAAUAAUAUUCAAAAGGCCAGAAACAAUAGUCUUUAGUGGUAAUUCUAAUACAAAAUUGGCAAGCGAAGUGGCAAAGUGUUUAGGUAUAUCACUUGGGAAGGUGCUGCUCGAGAGGUUUGCAGAUGGGGAAUGCAACAUUUAAGUUAUGUUUCUUUGAUGUUUAGGUUUUAGAGAAUGUAAGAGGAAGAAAUGCAUUUAUUAUUCAAUCAACAUGUCCUCCUGUAAAUGAAAAUCUGAUUGAAUUGUUUUUGUUUAUAAGUGCUUUAAGAAGAGCAUCUGUAAAAACCAUUACAGUCAUCAUUCCGUAUUAUGGAUAUUCGAGACAAGAUCACAAAUUAGCAAAAACUGAGUCUAUUGCAGCUGCAGAUAUUGCAAAGAUCUUGGAGCAAACUGGAAUAGAUCACCUGGUUUCAAUUGAUCUUCAUCGAGGAUAACUCUAAGGUGCUUUUUCAACUAGUGUCCCAGUGGAUAAUCUUUCACCAUACAUUACACUCAUUUAUGAGCUUAAUAAUCACCCUUUAAAAUUAAACCCACCAAACGAAUUGACUUUAGUUUCUCCUGAUUUUAAUGGUGUAUCAAGAGUGAAGAAAGUGUAAGACGAAUUAAGAGUAGCGUUCCCCAAUAUCAAGACGAGUAAGAAUUUAUUGUUAAUUAUAGAAUUGGCUAUGAUAUAUAAAUCUAAACAUCCAGUUAGUGAAACUGAAAUAAGUCUAGUCGGAGAUGUUAAUGGAAAAAAUUGUUUGAUCGUCGAUGAUAUUAUAGAUUCAGGAAGGACACUAAAAAACGCUGCGGAUAUCUUAAAAAGGGAAGGGGCAAAAUAAGUAAUGGCUUAUGGAACACAUCCAGUUUUUUCCGGAAAAGCAGCCCUUAAUUUAGGAAUUUCAAAUUUAUCCAAGAUUUAUGUUACUGAUACCAUACAAAUAAAAGAAUUAGAUAAAUAAAUUUUACAUGAAAAAUUGAGCGUUUUAAGUGUGGCUCCAUUAUUAGCAGAAACUAUAUACAGACUUUAAAAGAAAGAGAGUUUACAUGAGCUAUUGGGUGCGCAUAAUUUAUGA